AUAAAAUUCUAUAAAAAGUAAUUGACGUUGACAUCUCAAUGACAUAUCAAUGCCGUGUUGGUGAAGUUGUGGUUGAAACUUAUUUUUGAAAUAUUAUAAAUAAAUAUUCAAUAGAAUUACACACAAACGAAAUUAGCUAAGACAAGACUGUUUCACCGCUUCCUCAUGGCUAACUAUAACAAUCCCAAUGAAUAUGCAUGGCAAACGCAAAGCGACAGUCAGAGUUAUUCUUUUGAUUCAUCAAAUACUUUUGGAACAACUGCCCAGACUUUAGAUUUUCAAACUUUUCCCACGGAUCAACAGAACUAUUCCUUUGAUCAGACGCAAGGCACAAUUCCAGCAAACAACAACCAAUACUACAAUCCAAAUUUUUUUACACCUGCUCCCAUACCUGGAGAAGCUACAAGUGAGCCGAAUGAGUUUGAUGAGCCACCCCUCUUGGACGAACUUGAAAUAUACCCUGAUAGAAUUCUGGAGAAAACAUUAGCGGUUCUCAAUCCUUUCCAUGGACAAUCCAAAGCCGAUGAUGCAAAUUUUUUACUUAGGGAUACUGACAUUGCUGGUCCCAUAGCAUUCUGCCUAGCCUUGGCAGUUUGCCUUUUUCUAUCAGGCAAUAAAGCCCAUUUUGGGUUUGUGUAUGGACUGUCAAUGAUGUCUGUUAUAUUGAUGUAUUUUUUACUUUCACUAAUGAGUCAUACAGAAGGUGUUUUUACUAUUCUUAGUGUUGCCAGUGUACUGGGUUAUUGUAUGCUUCCUAUGGUUGUCUUAGCAGGUUUAGGAAUAUUUAUCUCUUUAGAAGGUACUGUAGGCCUCAGUAUAUCAGCUGUUGCAGUAAUUUGGUCUGCUUUGUCUGCAAGUCGACUAUUUGUCACUAUGUCCGGAGAUGCAGAGCAAAGACCAUUAAUUGCAUACCCUUGUGCGCUGAUUAAUGGGGUCUUUGCAUUACUAGUUUUGUUUUAAAUAUAAAAAAAAAUUGCAUUCUAGUUAACAUUUAAAAUUUAUUGUACAGAAAUAUAUUUAAUAAAUGUUUGUAUGUGAAAAUUUUUA